CAUUAUUUGCUAAUUGGUGACUGAAAUAUUUAAUAAUUCUUUGUGAAACGUAAAAGAUCAGCUAUAAAAUAAUUAUACAAACAAAAAAUUAAAAUAAAUUGUUGACGUCCAUAGGUGUAAUAAUAUACCGACAUAUAUAUAUAUAUAGUUUUAAGCAUAUCCCAAUUUGCAACUAGUCUUCAUGACUAAUUAUCAAGAAAUAGUUAAUUUAAAUAUAGGUGGUACAAGAUUUGCAACAUCAUGGCAUACUUUGACAUGGGUACCAGAUACGUUUUUUACAGCUUUACUCAGUGGCCGUAUUCCAACAGUACGGGAUGAAACUGGGGCUAUAUUUAUUGAUAGAGAUCCAAACCUUUUUGGUCUAAUCCUUAAUUUCUUAAGAACAAGGGAUAUUGAUUUAAACAAUGUAAAUAUAAGAGCAUUGAGGCAUGAGUGUGAUUAUUUUGGUAUAACACCUCUUAGUAGGCGACUGGCACUAUGUGAUGAAAUAAACCAUUCAUCAUGCGGGGAUGUACUAUUUUAUGGAUACCUCCCACCACCAUCAAAUCCUCCAAUAAGCAACGGAAGCUCUGGGAGAAAUGGUAAUAAUGGUUCACGGAAAAAUCUUACUGUAUCCAACUCUGAUGUGGCAGCUGUUAGAUCACACUCUAGGAAUUCAUCACUAGACUUGAGGACAGUGGGGCGCAUUCCUUCACAAGAUCAACUGAGUCGAUGUGGCAGGGGACACUCAAGAGCAGCAUCUUUGGGCAAUGCUGAAUGUCAUAAAGGUCUUAAACAAAAUGAAAACACUUGGUCAGAAAACAUGAAGGUUCAAAUAAUAAAGGCGCAUCACAAUUGGAUUGCUGUAGCAUACUCUCAUUAUGUUAUUGGAUACAGAUUGACAGAUUCCUGUGGAUGGUAUGUAGCAUUUCAAUCGCCAGUACAAGAAUCAACCAUAGAGCGUAUAGCGCUAAAUGCUAAGACCGGCGGAGCCACAUCUGGUGGGAACAGUUCCGCUGGCACUGAUGUGAUGCUCGGUGUCUCGAGUGGUCCGCUAGUCAGAUUAUGGGCCUUUUCUACCCAUACCGAACCUGUUAGGAGGACAUUGAUUGGUACAUUUAACCUAGGUGUAAGAGUAGAACACCUGCUCUUCGUAGGUCCACAGCUCGUAGCACUAAGCGGUGCGGGUAGCCGCAGCAAAGCUGGUGUAUGGCACACCAGCACACAACACUGGCAGACGCAAGAUGUGGCCCAUCUCACCACAUAUGAUACUGCCGGCUCCUUUCUACUUCUUGGAACUGCUACUGGUGCUGUUAAUUAUAUUGAUAUGCAAAAAUUCCCAUUGCGUAUGAAGGAUAACGAUUUGCUUGUGACGCAACUAUACAAGGAUCCUAAUCAAGAGCCCAUUACCGCUAUAUCUGUCUAUCUAACGCCAAAAACGAGUUUAUGCGGUAACUGGUUAGAAAUAGCGUACGGUACGCGUUAUGGUUCAGUGCGUGUUAUUGUACAACACCCGGAGACUGUCGGUCACGGGCCACAGCUGUUCCAGACUUUCACUGUUCAUCAGAGUCCGGUUACAAAGGUAUCGCUAUCAGAAAACUACCUGAUCUCGGUGUGCAGCGAGUACAACCACGUGCGGUCGUGGCGGGUGACGCGGUUCCGCGGCAUGAUCUCCACGCAGCCCGGCACCACGCCCAAGGCUGCGUUCAAAGUGCUCGCUUUGGAGGCGCCCACCGCGCAGGCCCAUAACGAUUGCGGACCCUAUGGAGAACAAGAUGAAGAACAAAUAUUCAUUCAAAAAGUGGUUCCUGACACGGAUACGUUAUAUGUCCGUCUAGCUUCCAAUGGGAAAAGGGUGUGCACAAUCCGGUCGGUGGACGGGUCGCCGGUGUCCUGCUUCGUGGUGGCGGUGCAGUGCGAGGGCGCGCUGCGGCCGCGCCGCCUGCUGCUGUGCGGCCACCGCUCGGGCGCCGCGCAGAUGUGGGACCUCACCGCGCCCGUCGACAAGGCGGCGCGCCCCGCCCACCCGCCCGCCGCCAAUGCACUGCACCCUGAGCCCCACCCACCCUUUGCUCCAUAUUGCUCUGGAUACUGA